GCUGCUGGGACUGCCGCUUACUCACUGCUGGAUGUGUGUAUCGACACAGGUUACGUUUCCCAAGCGUAGCACAGCGAGUAGCGGGUUUAAAGAUAAACAAUGACUGGAAAGUGAUGAUUGUAUUGUGUAUACAAAAUCUGGAACGACAUAAAGGUGUAAAAUGGCAUCAAAUCGCAGCACACGUGAAGUAUUAUUAUCCCUUGUCGAUGACAUGGAAUUAAUAGCCAAAGAACUGAUCGAGAAUACGAUAGCGCAGAAGCAUUUGAAACUAUCCAGCAGCGAGCACGCUCAACUGACAGAGUUAUUAGUUGCCAAAGACAAUGAGCUCAAGUCAACUUUAAAACUGGCAUCGGAACAGGCAACAAUAAACCAGAAAAUGGAUUCAUUAAAAGAAGAGGUUGAGAGGCAGGAUCAAGACAUUCAACAAUUACAACGUCAGUUGAAAGAAGCAGAGCAAAUACUUGCCACUGCUAUAUACCAGGCUAAACAAAAACUCCAGUCCAUAUCUCGGGCCAAUAAAAGGCCUGUUCCUUCUGAAGAACUCAUUAAAUUUGCUCAUAGGAUUAGCGCAUCUAAUGCUGUUUGUGCUCCAUUAACGUGGCAGCAAGGCGAUCCACGCCGACCGUAUCCAACAGAUAUUGAGAUGAGGCUGGGUGUUCUGGGGCGACUCAGCGAUCUUCCACUGAACGGACAAAUGAUCGGAUCUCAUCCCGGUAUUCCAGCCGAAUUGCAUCGAGCUGGACAUCCAGCAGAGCCUCCAGUAUCUCAGGCGAAUCAAUUUGCCUGGCACCCGUCAGGAGAAAUCCACAUGUCCGUAGGUGGACAAGGUAGCGUAGCAAUGAAUACUCAUAAACAAGAAACGGAAGACGUUGAAGUAAUGUCAACAGAUUCAUCCAGCAGUUCCUCGAGUGAUUCUCAAUGAACAGUAAAUAUUUCAUUCUUCAUACCCAACUCACGAAUGAAAACAUUUAUGAUAAGGAAAAAGGUUUGAAUGUUUUAAUAUGAUUUUCAAACCAUAUUAAUCAUUAUAAUCAUUCUUAAGUAUAACUCGACGAAGUAUUUCUCAUAUACUUUAUAAGAACAGGAAUCUUAAUUUAAUUUAAACGUUUCUCUUUACUAAUUGUACAAUUAAAUUCAACUGCUUAGUCAUAUG